AAAAGCCGAAGGUGCCCCCCCUUUUAUACAGAAAUAGAGGGGACUCCAAUCCUUUUUCUAAUUCUAAAUUCUAAUCCCAAUCCCCAAAAUUACAGAUAAUAAUCUAAUCCUAUUUGACAUUGGAAUCCUAAAAUUAAUCUAGUCUUUGCACAUCUUCCCUCUUUUAAGGCUAGAUUCAUACCUUUAAAAUAUCAAGACUCCCAAUUUGAAUCGACUCCAAAAAUCUUCUGUGACUCUUGAUAAGGACUUCAAAUCCGAAAAUCUCUUCUUGUGUUGUUGUGGUCUAUCCAAACUUUGAAUGGAUUUAGAGAUAAAUCAAGAAGAAUUUUGUGAAAUUUUGGAGGGGCCCCAAUUAAAAUUGGGUUAUGACAGUGAAUUAUGGAACAGACCUAAGCCUGCUGGUGUAAGUUUUCGGCAAAUAUCUGAGGAGAAAAAAGAGUGGCUAGAAAGACCAUUUUCAACUGAAGAGAUUGAAGAAGGGUUGAGAUGUUGUGAAAGGACUAAAGCACCUAGUCCGGAUGGCUAUAAUUUCAACUUCCUCAAGUUUGCCUGGAACAUUUUAAAGGAGGACUUCGUGAGCUUCUUUAAUGAAUUUCAUCGGAAUGGUAGGUUAGUAAGAGGUUUAAAUUCUUCUUUUUUGACUCUGAUUCCUAAGAAGCAUAACCCUACAGAAUUGAAGGAUUAUCGUCCUAUUAGUCUAAUUGGGUGUGUAUAUAAGUUAUUGGCUAAGGUGUUAGCUAAUAGACUCAAGGCUGUGAUGUCGGAGAUAAUUAGCGAGACUCAAUCUACUUUUUUAGGGGGUCGUCAAUUGGCGGAUAGUGUGUUAGCUUUAAAUGAAGUUGUGGAUGAAAUUAAGAAGAGCAAACAAAAGGCUUUUGUUUUCAAAGCUGAUUUUGCGAAAGCAUAUGAUUGUGUUGAUUGGGCAUUUUUGGAUUGGAUGAUGGGAAGGUUUGGGUUUGGGUCUAGGUGGAGAGGAUGGAUUAUGGAGUGCUUAUCAAUCGCAAAGGUUUCAGUCUUAGUUAAUGGCAGUUCGACUGAGGAGUUUGAGAUUGGAAAAGGAUUACGGCAGGGUGACCCAUUGUCUCCUUUUCUGUUUUUGAUGGUUGGUGAGGGUUUACAUGGGUUGCUUCGAAAAUCAGAGUCGGAGGGGUUGUUUAGGGGUGUUGAAAUUGGGAAGAGGGGUCUGGUUUUGAUGUCGGGGUUGCGGAUUAAUUUUGGUAAAAGCAAUGUUUAUGGCUUUAAUGUAUCGACAAGGUGGUUGAAUGGGAUGGCUUGUUCUUUACGGUGUGGUGUUGGGAAAACACCUUUUUUGUAUUUGGGUCUACCUGUUGGUGGUAAAUUUGGAAGCAAAAAACUGUGGGAACCAGUGGUAAAUAAGUUUCGUGCCAAACUUGCCAUCUGGAAGUCUGCCUCGUUGUCUUUUGGCGGCCGCAUCACUUUGCUCAAUUCGGUACUCUCUGCUUUACCCAUUUUUUACAUGUCUCUAUUUUUAAUACCUAGUUCUGUGGUUUCUGAAUUGGUUAAAAUCCAAAGGGGGUUUCUGUGGGGUGGGGUUGAAUUGAAUAGGAAAAUUCCAUGGGUUAAGUGGGAUAUUGUUUGUGGCAAUAAGGCGCAGGGAGGUUUAGGGGUGUCGGAUUUGCGAAGGAAAAAUUGGGCAUUAUUAGGGAAGUGGUGGUUUCGGUUUGGUGAUGGUGUGGGGGGUUUGUGGAAGCGGGUAGUGAGGGAUAAAUAUUAUGAGGGUCGGUGUGAGGUGGAUAUAACAGUAAUUGAUAAUUUAAAAGUGUCAAAGCUGUGGAAGGAUAUUAUUAGUAUUGGGGGGAAAUCAGUUAGACUGAGGAAUAUGUUGGGGAAUGGGUUUAGAGGGGAGGUGGGGUGUGGAAGUAGGAUGGGUUUUUGGAGGGAGAAAUGGGUGGGAGAUAAAUCCUUAAGGGACUUAUGUCCCAGAUUGUAUGCCUUGGCUACGAAUAAGGAAGGCUCGGUUAGUGAUAUGGGUCAAUGGGAAGGUGAUAGGUGGCAGUGGAAUAUGGCAUGGAGAAAGGGGAGAAUGGGGCGAAAGAAGGAUGAGGAGGAGGUUUUGUGGGGGGUUGUGGAUUGUGUGCACUUAAAGAAAGGCAAGGAGGAUGUUUGGACUUGGGAACAUGAUCCAGGAGGCAAAAUGUUCGGUGAGGACAGCUUAUGAAUUUUUAUCUCCUGAGGAGUGUCAUCUUGAUACCCAAUUUUGCAGGCUUAUUUGGUGCAGGCUAGUGCCUUUGAAAGUUAGCUGUUUUGGGUGGAGGUUAUGUCUUGAUCGGCUGCCAACAAAAUGGAAUUUACAAAAAAAGGGUGUGGUGUUGCAGCAAGAGGGAUCUUUUCGCGGUUUGUGUCAUGAGGUGGUGGAGGAGGUUGAUCAUUUAUUUUGUACUUGCAGGGAAGCUUGGUUAGUUUGGGUUAAGGUGCUGAAUUGGUGGGGCAUUGAAACUGUCAUGCUGAAUACUGUUAGGGGAGUGGCAGAAUUUUUCUUGUUUUGAUUUGGGUAGAAUUAUAGGGAAGGAGUUGGGUGCAUGUGUUUUUCUUGUUGCUGCAUGGUAUCUUUGGUAUUGGAGGAAUGCUUGUGUAUUUAAGAAUCAUGGGAGUAUGCAGGAGUGUUUGUUGGAUAAGGUACAAAUGAAGUCUUUUUUUUGGAUUAAAAAUAAGGUAGAUGGAUGUGCUUUUUCUUUGUAUGAGUGGCAGCUGAAUCCAAUUGAUUGUGCCUUAGCUAUUAAACGGUAUAAGAGGAUGUUGAAGAGUUUCCAAAAGCAGCAUCAACGUUUACCAUGAGUUCUUCAUGUAGGCAUUCAUGAGUUGCUAUUUCCGGUCAGCUUUGCUAUUUUUGGCUGAUUGGUUUGUUCUGCUAAUGCCAAUAAUAGGAUUUUAACUUU